CCACAAAUAGUGAGUACUCCUUUUUCAGCACCUUAGUUACAAAACGUGUUGUGUGUACUGCUGAAAUAUUCAUCUUCUUCUACCAAAUUAACACAGGGAUAGUGCCAAUGGAGGUGAUGAGAAGAAGAAGAUUGAUGGGUUUGGGUUUUGGUACGUUUUUCGCUUUUUCGAUAAUCUUCUUGCAGUCACCAAUGUUGAUCCUCGCAGGAAACCAACCCGAUGAUAAUAAUGACUUGUGUGCUGAACGGAAGUGCAGCCCUGAUGGUCCGGCCGUAAGGUUCCCGUUCGUGCUCCGGGAAAAGCAGCCUCAGUACUGCGGUUAUAAUUCCGGCUUCAAUCUUCACUGCUACCAAAGCAACCGUACUAUACUUGAGCUGCCUUCCUCAUCCAUUAAAGUUAAGGUGACCAACAUAUCCUAUUCGUCCCAAAUGAUUGAAGUCAGGUUUGUCGAAACUUGUUUUGCAAAGCACCUAAGUGAUCUCGACAUAUCCACCACUCCAUUUUCGUAUCCCUCACCCGAUUCCCGUAACUUCUUUUAUGAAGUUGGGCGCUACUCUUUAUUCAAUUGCUCAUCCAUGUCGAGAGAAUAUGAGUCACAAUGGGUCAGAAUUGAUUGUCUUGGACACCAUAGGUACAAAGUUUAUGCUGCAAACUCAAGUUUGGAAGUUAGGGAUAGGGCAGAUUCAUUGGAAUCUUGUACAAAGAUGUAUGACACGAAAUCGGUGUCAUCGUCAAUAUUUUACACAGGUUCCAUGGAAUUGAUUUGGUCUUUGCCACUUUGUCGCAAGUGCGAGUCACGAGGGGGAAUCUGCAGAUGGAAAAAAGGGAGCCGAAGUCUAAUUGACUGCUUGGGAGGAAACAAACACCACUCUGGGAUAUUGCAGAAACUAUUGAUAUCUGGUCCAAUCAUUGGAUGUUUGCUUCUCAUCCUCGCUAUCAGUGCCAUACGCCUUGCUUAUUCCGCAAUGAAAGUUAACAGAGAAGACCAGAGAAGGUUGAAGAAAUUCUUGCAAGACUAUGCGGCUAUGCAACCUACGCGCUACUCAUAUGCAGAAAUAAAGAGAAUUACAAGCGACUUCAAGGAUAAACUAGGCGAAGGAGGUUAUGGCAAUGUCUACAAAGGAAAGGUUUCAAACAACAUUUAUGUUGCUGUGAAAGUGUUGCAUAGCUCCGCAGAUAAUGGUGAAGAAUUUAUUAAUGAAGUUGGAAUAAUAGGAAGAAUCCACCAUGUGAAUGUAGUUCGCCUUUUAGGUUUUUGCGCAGAUGGGUACGAGCGAGCUCUUGUCUAUGAGUUCUUGCCUAAUGGUUCUCUUGACAAGUUCAUAUUCCCCGAUGACCAGGAGCAUCAUACACUAGGAAUGGAGAGGCUGCAAGACAUUGCUCUUGGCAUAGCUCGAGGAAUAGAGUAUCUUCAUCAAGGAUGUGAACAAAGAAUCCUCCAUUUCGAUAUCAAACCACAUAACAUUUUGCUGGAUGAGAAUUACAACCCGAAGAUAUCUGAUUUCGGGCUAGCCAAGAUGUGUGAAAAGGGUAAAAGUGAAGUUUCCAUGACGGCUGCAAGAGGAACGAUGGGCUACAUUGCGCCAGAAGUCUUCUCGCGACACUUUGGGAAUGUCUCUUACAAAUCUGAUAUUUAUAGUUUUGGGAUGUUAUUACUUGAAAUGGUAGGAAAGCGAAAGAACAUCAACGCCGAUGCUCAAAACAUUAGCCAGGUGUACUUCCCCGAAUGGAUUUACGGACGCCUAACGGAAGGAGAAGAUUUAAGGAUUCAAGUUGAUGAUAAAGAAGAUGGAGAGUACAAGAUUGGUAAAAAACUGGCGAUUGUGGGACUUUGGUGCAUCCAGUGGAACCCUGUAAAUCGCCCUUCAAUCAAAUCCGUGCUUCAAAUGCUUGAAGGAAUUGGGGAAGAUCAUAUUCUUCCACCAAAUCCAUUUGUUUCAGGAAAGGCAGGGAAUCCAGAGGAUAGGCAUUAUAACAAACAGUUAGGAGACAAGGCACGCAAGUCGGUUUUCAUGGUAAGUAGAAUAAUCCACUGCAAUGUGUACAGGUUGCAAUUUGGUGUGCAUUUUUUAAGCAAAAUGAAGUGGAUCACAUACAUACGAUGAGUAAAUUAAUUCAGUAUGAUUUUUACAGAAACUUACAAAACACAGAGCCAAAGCUUCCGCGGCACAAUGGAUACUAACCUUACCUUAUUCGCGACAUUGUCUGCAAUCGGGUGGCCGCCAUUGUCUCCGUCAGGAUUCUGUGAGAGUGGAGAAAAAUGCCUGGCUACUGAGGAAAUGUUUGAGCUCAAUUGUUGCGAAUGUUCAACCUGGUUUGUGAACAAAUUCAAUCCUGAAGUUACAUUGGAUUUGCUAAGGUCAUUUCCGAUUCUGAUUUGGAGUAGAUUUAGAUUUUAGGUUUCAGAGUUAGAAAAGGUUGUGUAAACCUCUACAAAAUAGAUGGUUCGUUGUUUGUUUGUUUGUUUGUUUGUUUCCUAUCAGAAGCUGGAAGCUCCGCCUAGCUAUUUGUCUGACCUAAUUCCUGCAAUGGACACUGCGGCCCAAGCGGUUCCAUCUCUGUUAUUAAUGGAGGAUUGCUUAAAACUACUUGGAGGAGAAACAGUUCCGUCUUCUUCUGCAUUACUGGAAGAUUGCUUAAAACUUCUUGGAGAAGAAGCCGACUGCCGUCGAUUGGCCGGAUUAUUUCUAAUAACCAAAGUUUGCAAAAACAAAGAUGACUAUUCCGGCAUCAUCCAAGUCUAUCACGCCCUAGGCCUUCAGCUUUUCCUCCGUCUCUUACGCACAGCAGGAAAAGCUGUCGGCAGGGGAGAUGAUGGUGGUGGUGCUUACUUGGAGAUCUCUGUAACUGUACUGGCUGCUUUCUGUAGAGUUCCCCAAAUUGCAGCUUCUUCACGAAUUCUUCCUGUCGUUCCUCUCCUGUUCCAGAUUCUUUCUACAGGAAUAUCAGUCUUGUCGUCUAGAAUUGAAGAUUGCUACGAGAUAUUGUACUUGGUAGCAAAUGCUUCAGAAGAUGGUGUCAGGGCACUGUAUAAAUCUGGAGGGAUACAAUUUCUUGCUUCUCAGAUGCCGAAUCUGCCACUGCUAGUUGGUUCAAAUAAUGCAGUUAAGUACGCAAUGGAACUUGUUCAGCUCAUGCUAACCAAGCUCCCCAGCAAGAAAACUUACAUCAAACAUCCAUCAGAGCUGGCCAUGUUGGUUGUUGAAGCUUCACGGAUUUUCGGCUUGUCGUUGCAUACUGAUAAUGAUGUCAAAUUUAAAGCAGCAUUUCACUUCAUAUCGCUCAUUCUAUCCUCACAAUAUUCAGCACCUGUACAUGAAGCUCUGUGGUCUCUGCAGAAGGAUUUCCAGCAGUAUUGUCUGGUCAACUAACAUUCGAGCUGGUUUUGUAGCUAUCCUGAAUAGUGGGUUACCAUCUGCUGACAAAUUCGAAGCUCUAUUCUUAGCUGAAUCCACCAUUUCAAUUGUCGGCAAAUAAUAAUGGUUAAUCGGUCCCGUAGAAGUAGAACUACCGGAUGUCAACAAGGAGGAUCCUAUCUCUUCUGACAGGUGUAUCCAACUUGUCAUGGAGACUUGUAGGGUAGAAGUAGUUGUUCUUCUCAAUGACUUGGCGUAUUUAAUAGAUAAUGAAGCCUCCAAAAAUGCUUGUGCUGCAUCAUCAGUGAUGGAAGCCAUGACAUUGAAGUGUAGAAACCUUCGACAGGUGUUAUCUUUGGUCGAGGCGGUAAUGGAGUUCGUUUUGAACCUUGGAGGAAAAACUCAUGAAGAAGAGGCAUCAUCACCCGGAUAAUGGCCAAACUCAUGUCGGCGCUAAUACUGAUGUCGAAAUUUGAAAACGCUGUGCUGUGUUAUCUGAACUUGAAUAAAGAUCUUCUGAGUACUUUAUCGCAGCUUAUCAGGAGAAGCUUUGCCGUUUAUGCUAAGGGUUCUUUACCUGCUGAAGCUGAUAAUGCUCAUUGUUAUCAAAAAGCUUCUGAGCAUUUCCAAGUGUGUUAUCUCUAUUAUUCUGUCUGGGUGGAACGAUUACCAAGCCUCCAAGGGGCGAUUGAAGGACAAAGUAUAGGUCCCCAAGCAUCAAAGGCGCAGUUAAAAGAAAAACUUGAUUAAGCAAUCAGUGUACUUUGCCCUUUUUUUCUUUCCAAGUAUGUGAAAAUUCAGGUAAUAGUCACCUGUUGUAUAUUAAGUUCUGGAAUGUUUUUUCAAAUUUAUCCUUUUUUUUCUGAACAAGUCGUUGCCAAAAUUCAGGCACUGUUUUUUUCUAAUUUACAUCCUUUUUGCCGGCCCCCUGACCACACUGGUGAUUGAGGUGAAUAUUGAAUAUACUGAUGAUAGUCAAG